ACGCCCGCCUGCGCCCGGCCAUGGGCAGCUGCGCCCGCCUCCUGCUCUUCUGGGGCUGCUCGGCUGUGGCCGCAGGACUGAGCAGUGUAACUGGAGUAGGUUCCCACUGUGAAAAGGCAUGUAACCCUCGGAUGGGAAAUCUGGCUCUUGGGAGGAGACUCUGGGCAGAUACCACCUGCGGCAGGAAUUCCACAGAACUAUACUGCUCCUACAGCGAGAACACUGACCUGACUUGCAGGCCACCCAAGUGUGACAAGUGUAACGCUGCCCAUCCUCACCUGGCUCACCUGCCCUCUUCUAUGGCAGACUCAUCCUUCCGGUUUCCCCGCACUUGGUGGCAGUCAGCUGAAGAUGCUCACAGGGAGAAGAUCCAGCUGGACCUCGAGACUGCAUUCUACUUCACUCACCUGAUUAUGGUGUUUAAGUCACCUAGACCAGCAGUAAUGGUUCUAGAGCGAUCACAAGAUUUUGGGAAAACUUGGAAACCUUACAAGUAUUUUGCCACCAACUGCUCUGCCACCUUUGGCCUAGAGGAUGAUGUUUUUGAGAAAGGAGCCAUUUGUACUUCUAGAUACUCCAGUCCCUUUCCCUGUACCCGAGGAGAGGUCAUCUACAGAGCUCUGUCCCCACCACAUUCUGCUGAGGAUCCGUACAGUGCCAAAGCCCAGGAGCAGCUAAAGAUCACCAACCUCCGUGUGCAGCUGCUGAAGCGCCAACCUUGUCCCUGCCAGGGCAACAACCUCAACGCAAAACCCCAGCAUUUCACACAUUACGCCAUUUAUGAUUUCAUCGUCAAGGGCAGCUGCUUCUGUAACGGCCACGCAGAUCGCUGUGGGCCUGCCGAGGGCUUCCGACCUGUCAAAGUGGCGGGAGCCUUCCAAGUGGUGCAUGGAAAGUGUACGUGCAGGCACAACACUGCAGGCUCUCACUGCCAGCACUGUGCCCCCCUCUACAAUGACCGACCCUGGCAGGCUGCAAACGGCAAGACGGGGGCCCCGAAUGAAUGCAGAACCUGCAAGUGCAAUGGCCAUGCUGAUACAUGUCACUUUGACAAGGAUGUAUGGCGAGCAUCAGGAAAUCGGAGUGGUGGAGUGUGUGACAACUGUCAGCACAACACAGAAGGCCAACACUGCCAGCGGUGCAAGCCAGGCUUCUACCGGGACCUUCGGAGACCCUUCUCUGCGCCAGACGCCUGCAAGUCUGUUCUUCCACUAUGGAAAAUAGUUGAUAGUAGAAAGAAAGGAGACAACAGAACCAAAAAAGUGUGUUCCUGCCAUCCCGUUGGAUCAGCUGUUCUUCCCUUCAGCUUAUCAGCCUUCUGUGACCCCAGCAAUGGUGACUGCCCUUGCAAACCUGGAGUGGCAGGCCCUCGUUGUGACAGGUGUAUGGUAGGAUACUGGGGUUUUGGAGAAUAUGGCUGCAGACCAUGUGACUGUGCAGGAAGCUGUGACCCCCUCACAGGGGACUGCAUCAGCAGCAGUGCAGAUGUUGACUGGUACCAUGGACUUCCAGACUUCUACCCUGUAUUUAACCAGAGUGAACCAGCCUGGGAAUGGGAGGACGAACAAGGAUUCUCAGCUCUUCGACAUUCAGGUAAAUGUGAAUGUAAAGAACAAUCGUUAGGAAACCCCAAAAUCUUCUGUGGGAUGAAGUAUUCAUAUGUGCUAAAAAUAAAGAUUUUAUCAGCUCAUGAUAAAGGCUCUCAUGCUGAAGUCAAUGUGAAGAUCAAAAAAGUGUUGAAAUCCACCAAAUUAAAGAUUCUACGAGGAAAAAGAACACUCUACCCAGAGUCCUGGACCAACAGAGGCUGCACUUGCCCGAUCCUUAAUCCUGGUUUAGAGUACCUUAUCGCAGGACAUGAAGAUGUAAGAACAGGAAGACUAGUUGUGAAUAUGAAAAGUUUUGUCCAGCACUGGAAACCAGCUCUUGGAAGAAGAGUCAUGGAGAUUCUGAAAAGAGAUUGCAAGUAACAAAAAAGGUGUGCGGUCCCCAGUGGCAUUUCUCUGCGCACGAAAUGCAAACUUAAUGGAAAGGAGAUCUCAAAAAUGAAACUGGAAUGUAAAAAAAAAAAGUGCCAAAAUGCAUAAAGAAGUGUUGCAAUACAUAGGUUUCAUCUGAUCCCUUCUUUGGCAAAUGUUUAAGUUAUAUAUGGUAACUUCUUUGAGAAAAGUUGACAAUUAUUUGCAUAAAGAGAUGGAAAGUUGAACAAGAUGUAGAUAACUGGCCUCUAUGGGACUGAUUCUGAAAUUCACAUGUGAUGGGAAGCACUAUAAUAGCCUCAUAAUAUUUCACAGUUAUCCAUUAAGAGUAAUGUGUCUGAUGAAGACCUACCAGCAUCCAAGAUGUUGCUUGCAUUUCAUGCUAUUUAAAGUCAUUAGCAGGACUUCACCUAAGCACCCCAAGGACCUUAUGUCAACAAAGGUGUUUCUUAGAAGAGCCUCAUUUUGUUCACGGUGUAUGAACUUUGGUCCGUAAGGUGUUAAAUGGAUCCUCUCCACGUGUAAAUAAUCUUUCCUUGUAUAAAGCACUUUACUGCCUACCA